GCAGCUGCAGCCGGUGCCACGCUCGCAGCGCGCCGAACCAAACCCCGAGCGCCUGCGGACCCCCUGAGACCCCCUCACCAUGGUGGAAGCCUUCGUGGGCACCUGGAAGCUGGUGGAGACCAACAAUUUCGAUGAGUACAUGAAGGCUCUGGGCGUGAGCUUUGCCACGCGGCAGAUGGCCGGGCUCACCAAGCCCACCACCAUCAUCGAGCUGAACGGAGACAAGGUCACCGUGAAGACCCAGAGCACCUUCAAGAACACCGAGAUCAACUUCAAGCUGGGCGAGGAGUUCGACGAGACCACGGCAGACGACAGGCACGUCAAGUCUGUGGUGAAGCUGGACGGCGGGAAACUCGUCCACGUGCAGAAGUGGGACGGGAAGGAGACAUCGCUGGUGCGGGAGCUGAAGGAUGGGAAGUUAACUCUGACUCUCACCAUGGGCAACGUGGUCUGCACCCGCACCUACGAGAAGGCGACAUAGACGCUGCCCCAGCCCUCUGCUGUCACCCAGUGCCACGUC